GCUCAGGAUCAUCGACAUGGAUAAGACUGCCUUGCCAAAUCCAGAGAUUAUUGAGGGCUGGCUGCAAUCAGAAGAGGUCAGCUACAACAUGCCUGCUGGCCUCGAAAGAGAAGGUGGUAUUGGACCAUACAAGAAGCAUCUAUGUUUUCACGCCUCUGCAAGCUCUGGCAUUGAGCAUUCGCAGAUCCUCGAUUUUCUCAAGGAUCUGGAGAAGAUUCCAAAGGAUGUCAUUCGUCUAAGCGACAAGCAAUGCGGAAAGGCCUUGCUGUUGAGGCCAGAAUUAUUUCUUCUCCAGGAAGAGAUGAACGAGUUACAAGCCUUGAUAGCAGACACAUCAACAACAGAAGAAAUGAGAAGACUUGCCAGAGAGGAUAUUCUGGAUCUGAAGCAGCAAUUGGAUGCCCUUGAACAGGAGGCAACAGCUGUGCUGAGCCAAGAAGAUGCAAUAUAUCCUCAAGCAGCUGUACUGGAAGUUUCAGCCGGUGUUGGUGGCCAAGAGGCUAUGAUCUUUGCAGGUGAACUCUUCCAGAUGUACGAGAGAUAUUCAGCCUUCAAAAACUGGAACUGGCUGAUUGUGGAUAAGGCUUCAACAGAUUUAGGUGGUUUGAGGAGAGGAGUGGCUGAAGUUGACGGCCCUGGUGCAUAUUCACUGUUGAGGCACGAGGCUGGAGUUCAUCGCAUUCAGCGCAUACCGAAGACAGAAAAGGCUGGAAGGGUUCAUACAAGCACAGCAACUGUUGCUGUUCUCCCUCAACCUAAUGAGGAUCCUUACAUCCCUCAGCUGUACACACUUCCAGUGUACAUCACUGAGGGAUAUACGGCUUGGCUGUUCCAAAAUCUUUUUGGAAAGGACACUGGCAUGUCCACUCAUAUAGAUGUCUGCCUUCAUGAAAAGGACCUGAAAAUAGAAACCAAGAGAGCUUCUGGACCAGGCGGUCAGCACGUGAACAAGACCGACAGUGCUGUCCGCAUCACACACCUUCCAACUGGAUUUGUUGUGGAAUGCCAGACUCAGAGAGAUCAACUGCAAAAUCGUCAGCAGGCAUUGAAGGUCCUCAGAGCACGCCUCUAUGAUUUGGAAAUGAAGUCUCAGCAGGAACAACUUCUAAAAGCCAGGAAGUCCCAGGUGGGAACAAGAAGCAGAUCUGAGAAGAUACGCACCUACAACUUCCCUCAAGAUCGUGUCACAGAUCAUCGUGUUGGAAUUACUGCUCACAACCUCACAGGUUUCUUUGAUGGGGAGUAUCAGUUGGAUGAAAUGAUACAGCACCAUAUCUUGCAAGAACAGAGUGAAACUUUCCAAGAUCUCAUGCACACAUAUGAGGCAUGGAAAAAACAAAACUGAGACAAGAAAUAAAAGAGCUAUUUAGUGAU